AUGUUGCCGACGCUGACGCUGUCCCUCGUCGGAGCGCUCCUUCCUGUCGUCGCGAGCGCAACGUCUCUCCUCCCGUUCUCGCUCCCAGCCCAGUCCUACGCGCUGUGCCAAAAGAAGACCAAGAACCCCCUCGCGGGCUGCCCUCCCCACACAAUCUACGUGAGCCAGACCAGCCACCCAGACGCGAAGUUCAGCACAAUCCAGUCCGCCAUAGCGUCCCUGCCCAACAACACAACCCCCCACGUCAUCCUCAUCGCGCCCGGGACAUAUACGGAGCAGUUGAACGUGACCCGGCCCGGGCCCCUCACUCUGCUCGGUGUGUCGGACCGACCAUGGCAGUCCAGGACGCUGGCCCCGGCGUCGUCUUCGACCUUUGACUACGACGCCCCGCUCCCGUCCAACGAGGUCCAGAUCUACUGGAACUCGGCCAACGUCAACAACAACCUGCUCCUCGACAACGUCUUCACGGGUGUCCUGACCAUCGGCCCCACGCUCAACGCGACGUUUACGGGCGCGGGGCCCAACGGGUGGCCCGUGGACCCCAGCACGCCGUUUGGCAGCAGCGACUUCCGCGCGUACAACAUUGACUUCCGGAACGAGUUUGCCCCGCGGUCGGUCGGGCCCGCGCACGCACUAGGCGUGAGUAGGGCGAACGCCGGGUUCUACUCGUGUGGGUUCUACAGUUAUCAAGACACGAUCUACAUCGGCAAGCUGGGCAACGCGUACUUCUACGACACCAUUGUCGCGGGGCAGACCGACUUCCUCUACGGCUUUGGCACGCUGUACAUUGCCAAGUCGCACCUGUCCAUGCGCAACUGCGGCGGCGGCAUCACCGCGUGGAAGGGCACCAACACGACCACCGCGGCUCCCAACAAGUACGGCGUGUACAUUUCGCAGACGCAGUUUCGGGCGGCCAACAGCUCGGUCGCGAGCAUCAUCAAGGACCGCUGCUCCCUGGGCCGGCCCUGGAACGACAUACACCGCAGCGUCAUCAUGGAGUCGUACUUUGACGAUAGCAUCCUGCCCGCGGGGUACACCGGCUGGGAGGGCAAGCCGCCGAACAACAACGGUGUUGGGGCGGGCACGAUUAUGGCGGUGCACAAGGUCUUCGGGCCGGGGUAUGACGAUGCAGCGGAGAGGGCCAGCAACAUCACCAAGGUGUUCGACUGGACGCAGGCGAGGCCGUACCUUAAGCCCGUCGAUGUGUUUGUGACGGACAAAGGGUUGCCGGACGUCAAGUGGCUAGAUCCUAUUGCGUGGCUGCCGUAG